UAUGCUCCCAAAAUAAACUAAUUCAAAUAAUUAUUUUUGAAAAUUCUUCCUUAGAAAUUAGAAUUGAACCAAAAUCAACGUUGGCUUGCUCUGUUCGUCAGAACCCGCUUACGUAAAUAACAUUAAAAAAACUCCGAAGUCUAUGCCUACCUUAGCUGACUUUUCUCUUUCUUCUUUUUUGUAUAAAUACCUUAAUUUAGCUUGACUCUUCAGACCUCACAUUCCAAAUAUACACUGAGAAUACAAAUCAUCAAUUGGAAUCCAAUCUCGUAGAACACUGCAGCUAGCAGAAAAUGGACAACGACCCCGUUUCCGUUUCGUCAACUCCACCACUACGAGACUACUCGUACUCCCCGUGUUCUACCGAGUUGACCGGAGGAUGUUCGGAGACAAAGAGGAGCUUUGGAAGAACAUUUUAGGAACCAUGAAGAGAGGUUCGGGAAGGACAAGGUUAUGAGGUGGAGGAGAGCUAUGGAAAAAGCUGGUGAAACUCCUGGUUGGGUUUUCAACAACAGUGAAGAAGCACAGUUGGUUCAGGCAUUAGUCACAAGGGUUUUCAUUGAAUUGAGCAAUACUCCAGUGGGUGUGGCUGCAUACACUGUUGGGCUUGAUUCUCAUAUUGAAAAACUGAUGAUAUUGUUAGAUGUUAAAAACAAUGGAAUCCAAGUUUUAGGAUUUCAUGGGAUGGGUGGGGUUGGUAAGACAACCCUGGCUAAGGCUCUCUAUGGUAGUCUUGUUGGUCACUUUAAGUACCGGAGUUUCAUUUCAAAUGUUAGAGAAACUUCAGCCCAAGACAAUGGUUUAGUAUCUCUCCAAAAUCAACUUAUCAAUAAUAUUUCACCUGGUAAGGUGUCUCCUAUAAGGGAGAUUAAUGCUGGUAUCACUGCCAUCAAAGAGAUGGUAAAUGAGAAGCAAGUUCUAGUUGUUUUGGAUGAUGUUGAUAAUAUAAGCCAACUAAAUGCUCUAAUUGGCAACAGAGAAUGGUUUUAUAAAGGAAGUCAAAUAAUUAUUACAACCAGAGAUAGAGAAGUAUUAUCCAAGCAUCUUGUGAAUGAGUUUUAUGAGGUCAGAGAGUUGGAUUCAUCUGAGUCGCUACAACUUUUUAGUUACCAUGCACUAAAGGGAGAGAAACCCACAGGUGCUUUCUUGAAUCUGUCCAAACAAAUUGUGUCUCUUACAGGAGGAUUACCAUUGGCUCUGGAAGUAUUUGGUUCUUUCCUGUUUGAUAAGAGGAAACCAAAAGAAUGGGAAGAUGCUCUACAGAAAUUUAAAGAGAUUCGCCCGCGUUAUCUUCAAGAUGUCUUGAUGGUAAGUUUUAAUGGAUUAGAUGAACAAGAGAAGUGUAUAUUCCUGGACCUUGCCUGUUUAUUUGCUGAAAUGAGAAUAAAGAGAGAAGAUGCAAUUGACAUAUUGAAGGGUUGUGGUUUUAAUGCCGAGAGAACAGUCACAGUCCUCACUGCAAAAUCACUCAUUAAGUUUACUGAGGACAAUAUUUUGUGGAUGCACGAUCAAGUUAGAGACAUGGGAAGACAAAUUGUUCGAGAAAAUAGCCUUGUGGAUCCUGGCAUGCGUACUAGACUCUGGGAUCGUGAUGAGAUCAUGACUGUCUUGAAGGAUAUGAAGGGUACACAGUGUAUAGAAGGCAUUGUCCUAGACUUUGAAAAAAGAAACAUUGUCAAGCAUCCAAGUGGUGACAAAAUUUCUUGGGUUAACUUUCGAAGGAAACCCAAUUUCACCUUUGCGGUCACAUACUUAAAGGAAAGAUAUAAAAGUUAUCUUGAAGAUCGAGCAGAGAAAGAGAGAGAGGUUAUAAUUUGCACCAAAUCCUUUAAAAACAUGGUCAAUCUUAGACUGCUACAAAUCAAUAAUGUGAAUUUGGAAGGGGAGUUCAAGUAUCUUCCUGUUGAACUGAAGUGGCUGCAAUGGAAAGGCUGUCCCAUGAAAACUCUUCCUUCAGAUUUUUGUCCUUGCAAAGCUGUGGUGCUUGAUCUAUCAGAAAGCAAACUUGAACAUCUGUGGCAUUCAAACAAUUACAAGGUACUUGAGAACUUGAAGGUUUUGAAUCUUCGUGGUUGCUAUAAUCUAAUUGCUAUCCCAGAUUUAUCUGGGCAUCAAGCCUUGGAAAAGCUUGAUCUUGAGCGUUGUGGUCGGUUGAUAAAGAUUCAUGAAUCAAUUGGUAGCUUAAGUUCAUUACUUCACUUGAUCCUGAGAGAUUGUUCAAACCUUAUUGAACUCCCAAGUGAUGUCUCUGGCCUAAAGCAACUUGAGAGCCUUAUUCUCUCACAUUGCUCAAAGGUGAAAGAACUGCCAGAGAACAUAGGCAGCAUGAAAUCUUUAAAAGAACUUCUUCUUGAUGAAACCUCGAUAGAAAUCCUUCCUGAAUCUAUCUUCCACCUUACAAACCUUGAAAUGCUUAGUUUAAAUGAUUGCAAACUUCUGAAAGGGCUACCCCAGUUUAUUGGGAAGCUGUGUUCUCUGAAAGAACUCUCCCUUAAUAAUUCUGCAUUAGAGGAAAUACCUGAUUCCAUUGGAUCUUUGGCAAACCUUGAGGAACUAAGUUUGAAGUGUUGUAGAUCACUGACCAGAAUCCCAGAUUCCAUUGGCAAUCUCAAAUCGUUGACCAAUUUUUUUAUAAAUGGUACUAAAAUAAAAGAACUACCUUGGUCUAUUGGCUCAUUAUCAAAUUUGAAGCACUUAUUGAUUGGAGAAAAUUAUUUUCUUAGCAAACUACCCGAUUCAAUUGGGGGAUUAGCUUCUAUAGUUGAGCUUAAUAUUGAGGGGACAUCAAUGACAAAUUUGCCAGAUCAGAUCGGUGCCUUGAAAGUACUCAAAAAGCUUGAAAUAAGGAAAUGUGAAUCUCUUAUAUCAUUGCCAGAAUCAAUUGGAAGCAUGUUAACACUUACUACUUUAAUCAUAUUUCAAGCUAAUAUUAGUGAGUUGCCAGAAUCAAUAGGGAUGUUGGAAAAUCUUAUUGUGUUAAGAUUGGAUAAAUGUAAACAACUCUAUAAACUUCCAUCUUCAAUAGGAAAGUUAAAGUCAUUGCAAUGCUUGCUAAUGGAGGAAACUGCUGUGACAGAUUUACCUGAGAGCUUUGGGAUGCUCUCAAGCUUAUUGAUAAUAAAAAUGGCAAAGAAACCUCAUGUUGAACUACUUGAAAGCAGUACGCCUAAAGAUGCUGUUAUUCACAAUACAAAAGAGAAGUCUAAGUUGAUGGACUUCCCAACUUCUUUCUUAAAUCUAUCCAGACUCUGUGAAUUCAACAUUUGUGCUUGGCAAAUAUCUGGUAAAAUUCCUGACGAUUUUGAAAAAUUGUCGACAUUAGAGAUUUUGAAUUUAGGCCACAAUCAUUUUUGCAGCCUUCCCUCCAGCCUGAGGGGCCUGUCCAUCCUCAAAAAACUUAUCCUGUCCCAUUGUAAAGAGCUUAAGACUCUCCCUCCACUUCCGUCAAGUUUACAAGAAGUGAAUGUUUCAAAUUGCAUUGCAUUGGAAAGUUUUUCUGAUCUUUCAAACUUGGAAAACUUAUGUGACCUGAACCUCACCAAUUGUGAAAAACUGAUGGAUAUUCCUGGCCUUGAAUGCUUGGAGUCCUUGAGAAGGUUGUACAUGAGUGGUUGCAAUGCUUGCUCCUCAGUAGUUAAGAGAAGACUUGCUAAGGCUCCUUUGAGAAAUUUUUGCAAAAUAAGUAUGCCUGGAAGCAAGAUUCCAGAUUUUUUUUCUCAAAAGGAGGUUAGAUUUGAAGACUUUAAAAACCGUCAGAUCAAAGGUGUUAUCAUAGGUGUUGUCUUCUCUGUCAAUCAUCAAAUAUCAGAGGACUUUAGACAUCCCCUCCCUGCAGAUGCAAUAGUGGACAUUGAAGCAAGUAUCCUCAAACUAGAUUUCCAGAUAUUCAAAACAACCUUGCACUUAAUGGGAGUACCAAAGACAAAUGACAAUCAAAUCCACUUGUGUCAAUAUCCAAACUGCCAUCCAUUAGUUUCUUCAUUGAAAGAUGGUUAUAAGAUACAUGUGACAAAGAGAAACCCACCAUUCAUGAAGGGGGUUGAGCUAAAGAAUUGGGGGAUUUAUUUGGUUUUUGAUGGUGAUGAUGAUUAUGAGGGAGACAAAGAAUCAUUGAACCAGAGACAGAAAUCCAUCCCAGAAAGACUAGCAAAAAUUUUCAGUGACCUUUGAAGAAGAUGAUUGUAUCUCUAAAUCUGGCAGUGAGGUUGAAAGAAAAGUGCAAAAGAUUGAGGAGAACAGAACGGCAAAGAGCAUCUUCAUAUGGCAUGAGUUACUAUGUUUGUUUACUCUUUCAUUGUUCUUUCUUCCAUCUUUGUGUUUAGUUUGUUAUACUUAUGCUGUUAGUGAUUAAAGUUAUUUGCACCCCCUGUAUGCACCUUUCAUAUGUAUUGUAUUGUAUUUUUUUGUUUUUGUUUAAUCAUAUGAAUUGUUAAUAUCACAUUCACUUAUUUCAACAGCUUAUAUAUGACUUUUUAAAGUUACUA